CGAGUGUGCAGAAAAAUCGAGGGAUGGAUGGAUAGAUGAAUGACGUGUGAAGGGAAAGGGGAAGAGCAAAAUUGUGGGGGUGAUUUUUGAGCCAAUGGGAAAGCUUGUGGGUAGCACGUGGCUUAUAUAUAAAGUGGAAGACGCGCACCUUCACUGGCCAUUGCACCCCCGGGAACCGAAUAAUCUUGUGCCGUUUUUACCACGCGGAUUAAAAGACAACGAGAAGAAGAACGAAAAAAUUAUCCGGUAACAAUAACAACGAAAACAGUAAUUGAAACGAAUAAAUCAGAAUAGUUAUCCUAGCGGCAGUAAAUAAAAGCAAGAAUAUCGCGUAUGUAGAGAAAUAAGGUCUUUUUUUUGUCAGUGCCGCUACUCUGAGCCCGGCAUUUUCGAAUUUUCGGUUAUAUUUAUUUGUCGUUGUAAUCUGUUAUCUAAGUGUUUGUAAUUAUUUUUUAAUUGUUGCUCCUUUUUUUAUCUUUUAUUUUAAAGAAUAUAUCGCGAUCCACAGUUUUUUAUUCAAACCGAUGAAAAAAUGAACCUGCGAAUAAAUAAUUGAAUACCCCAGAUUGGUUACUUUUCAAUUCGUAAAUUUUAGUCAAUAAAUUUCAAAAAAAUAAAUAAAUAAAAAGGGAAAACACAGCUGUACCGAUAUCAAAUCCGUAGACAAGAUGUGGACCUAUUUGGCAACGGUGGUAAUUUUGGCGCGUCUUAUCCUCGGCAUCGAGGAUAUGGGAAUUUCCGAAAGGAACUCCGUAACCACGGUUCAAGAUCAAAUUUUGGAUAACAGAGGAUCGGAUCUUCGAUUGCAAGAACUAUCGCCGUUGUUGGAUGAGAAAGAGGCGUUCAAAUCAGGAGGUAAAAAAAUCUCGGGGAAGAACAACGUCAUAUUGCAAGACAUGGCUGCGGGAUACGAAAAAGCGAUUUCGAGACUCCUCAAAGAACUCGCUGCGACCUCGAGGGAAAAUUACAAACCAAAAGAAACGCUCGACGAAAGAAACAAGCGAGAUUCCGCAUCCAAGGACGCCGAAUUCACCCCCCUAACUUCUUUAAUGUCCUGGAUCACCCUGGGGACCGAGGCGUUGCCGGCGCGAGACGUCCUCGAUGAUCCGGAUCCAGCUUGGCAGGAGAAGAAAAAAAGUCGCGCUUUCAGUCCAUGGGGUGGUAAACGACUGGUAUCGUCGUUGUACGGAAAUCAGAAUGUAAAGGUUCGUCGACCUAUCCGGGUGCCGUUCAACAGUUGGGGUGGAAAAAGAUACGACGAGGGAAUAAUGCAACUCGAGAGCGUUAAUGGGGAUAAAAAUGAGGGCGGAAAAUUUAAAUACGAGGAUUUUAUCGAUAAAGAAGAAAAUCAGCUGGAAAAACGUACGAGGUUCAACAGUUGGGGCGGUAAAAGAACGGCGUUUCACAGCUGGGGUGGAAAACGAGCCGGUGGGGAUAUCGUUGGUAAUAGAGAAAAUGAAAUGUUGGAAGAGAAAAGUUUUAUCAAUCGGGAAACCGGAAAAAGGACGAAAUUCAACGCGUGGGGCGGAAAACGCAGCAAAAACAGCGAACGCAACGAGGAAGAAACGAAGCGAACCAGAUUCAACGCAUGGGGCGGUAGGAAAAGGAGCGGCGAUUCCGCAGACAGGACGUUAAACAUAAUGUCUGAAAAACGUUCACCCGAAGAAACCAUGGAAAAAAAAAAUACCUUCAGCGCAUGGGGGGGUAAAAGAUUCGUCGGCGACGAAAACGUCUCUAGAGAUGAUGAAAAUGAUCAAUCUAUAACUAAAACGAGUCAGGAUCAGGAGUACAGCGAAUUUGCGUCGUCGCCUCCUUCGGCAGCGAUAGAAAAUAACAAUAAUAAUAAUAAUAUCAAUAACAAGGGUUGGGUAUUUGGAAGCGAUAUUGUCGGAUUCCCAAGGGACAAAAUUUUAUCCAUGUCAACAGGUAUAAGAAACAGUGAUUUUGAUAAGAAUUUUAAUGAUAAGAAUAAUGACAACAACUACAUUCGGGACGACGAUAAGGAUGUCGAUAAUGUUAACGAUUUUCGGAAUAUCAAAAUAAAUUUGCCAACGGAAAUGCGUAGUAAUAAUAGAAUCGAUGCGGGUGAGGGUAGUUCAUCGAUAGACCAAAGAAAAAGAACCCCGUUCAAUCCAUGGGGUGGUAGAAAAAGAGGCGCUGGAUUGGUCGGAAAUUAUAUCGAAAGAAAUAACGGCGAUUACAUCGGUGGUGGCACAAAUUUAUAAGUACCUGAAAAAUUUGAGGAUAUAUUCCAAGGACAACGAGAGGCACGAUUACGGCCAUGGGCUGAACGAUAAUUCAAAUUGACCGGAAAAAUACAUGUAGAAACUUGCAGCCAAUUUUGUUAGAGUUAUACCCAAUUGAUUAAUCGAUUAAGUGGCCUACCAGGAGUGUCUGUGAUUUCUAUUUUGUCUUCCUUAUUGUAAUUUCAAUUUGAUUUACGCAAAUUCAUAAGCGCGUAAAUAAAUGGUGGCUGUUUAUUACGCGCUGUCAUCGGAAUGAGAUCAGGGUUGUUCAUUUUAUUCAUCGGAGUAAUUCGUUUCUAUUCUUUUGAAAUAAAUUGUUUGGAAACGAUAUCUACAUUAUGACGAUGGUAUGAUGCAUAACUUAAAAUAAAUAAAUAAUAUCAUGUGUGUAUUUAAUAAAAACGAAAACAAAAAAAUAUAUACAAGAACAAGAAAAAUAUAUAUUUACCCGUACACCUGUGUAUUAAUUAAUGAAUUAAAUUGCAAGAUUGAGAUGAAACUAAAGAGAAAUAAAAAAGAGAACAAAAUCAUAAGUUGUAUUGUAAAAGGAAUGUAUGCGAAAUAAUAGUAUAUUAUGCCUAUAAUCAAAAUCGUGAUAAAAAUUUAAACAAAUCUCUCACAGAUCAUUCUUCCCUGACUACAGUGAAAAGUGAUCAAGAACGUCAGUUUCGGGUGAAUAAACUGAAACGUUGAUCUAUUUCCGAUUGUUUAGAUUUUCAUAACCUCAACUCUGACAGAUACAUGAUAAUCCAACAUUUUUUUUAUGUAACGAUAGAAUAAGAUCUAUGAAUUUGGAAACUUACCUCUCGUAUGUGAAUGUAUAGCCAAAGAAUACGUCAACACUUCCCAUGAAAAAAUCAAAUCUAUUUAAAAAUCCGAGUUUAUCUGUCAAAAUCGCAUCUCUACCCACUGAAAUUUUAACUGAUAAUGAUAAUAGUGAAAUGGCGACUUGCAACGCCCCCGUGACGUCGUGAAAAUAAAUGAAACGAAAUGAGUCCCAAACACCCCUAAGCUUGUAGAUAAUACAGAAUGGUCAUUGUAGGUACUGACAAUUUUUCUGUUAACCGAUAAUAAAGAACUCGACCUUACCUUCUACGGGGUAGUGCAUCGUAUAUGAUACAUUACCCCUGUUUAUAUUUAGUAUCUACCUCACGAUGGACAUAUUACGAAAAUAUCAUGAUCUUUGGUGUUGGUCUGACCCGAAAAGCGUGCCCUUCAUGAACUUAAUUAAAAAAAAACAAACGUAGAUCCAUGUAUGAAAACAAAUUCCAAAGAGUCCGUUCUUAUUUUUUGCUGUACGGUUAUAAUUUCAAUUCAAAAGGAAUUAAUUAAUAUUUAGUGGCGUUCUUUCGAAAACAUUGCCAUCCGGCAUUCCAAAGUACGCUUUAUGUGCCAUUUUAAUAAAAAUUCCGGUCUCGAUGA